CACACUACUUCCCGGAAGUCACCGGACACAUCACACUUCCCGGUUACCACUCUCGUCACUACACAAUCGCAAACAUCCCACCCAUCUCCGCCACAUCACAUCCCAUCUCUUCCCCAUGUCGUUCAGCGAAGAUGAAGAGCUAGACAAGCUCCUAUCGAAACUCAACACUCGCAUCAGGCCCGACUCCCUCCCCGACCUCAAACAGCAAUGCUCAGCCGUCCUCAGUGAGAGCCUUCUCGAUGGUUUGUCGACUGUUGAGGAGGUUUUCUCUGUUUUGUGUCGCCACGAGCUUGUGUCGCCGUACAACUGGCCGCAGCUGGUCGAGCUGAUGAACGGCAUCGGGCGCAGCGACCUGGCGAAGAGAGUGAGGUUGUAUGGUAAGCGACAGGGGCUGCCGGACAGGCCGGAGGGAGAGUGGCAAGUGGAGGAAGAACCCGACAACGCCCUCGUCACAUUCAAGUUUGCGUCCGGCUGCGAUCUCACCGAGUCAGUCUCCUCACUCUUUUCCGCUCUCAACAUGCUCGUCUUCGAGUCCGGCUCGUCCACAAUCUGGUUCAUGGGAUCCACAUCAUUCGAAGCCAUUUUUCACAUGAACAUUUCAGACGCCGAGAAAGUCAUGUCCGUGGCCAGACAGAAGCCGAUAUGGCUCCUACAGCUUUUCAUGCUCCACGUACAAUGCGGUGAAGACAUCGUUUCUAUUGUCGUCGAUCCUACGCCUCUGGAGUUAUCACUAAAGAGCGACGUGUCGUUGACAUUAGACCCGAAAUUUCAACGUUUGAUUGGUAGCUUGGUCAAGAGGCUGAGCGACCGUGACGAGAUCAUACGCUGUUGCUCGCUCGUCCUCGACGAUGACGACUUUGUUGAUUCAUUAUCCCUUGACGAAGUCUUCGAAGAGCUACUCUGUCGGCAUCUUCUCACACCCUACAACUACGUGCAGCUCGCCGAGCUAAUGCGGCAGGCCGGACGGAGUGACUUAGCACAGAUGGUUGAGCGUAGAUCGAGACGUUACGGCUUUAUGGUGUCCGACAACGACGGCAUUCUCCCACAGUGUGUGGAGCCGGGACGCGUGGUGGUCAAGUUCAGUGUUCAAGGGAAGCAACCACUGGAGGAGAAGAUCAGUAAUAUGAUUGAUGGGUUUAGUAUGAUUUUGUUCAAGACGGCGCUUCCUGUUCUCUGGUAUCUGGCGUGUGUUGCUGGCGAGAGUCAUCAGUUGUAUUUCGUGACGACAAAGAAGAAUUUGAGGAGGAUCUUUGAUUCGGCGAGGAAUGGGCACGUGUGGUUGCAGGAUUUGGGGAUUGUGACGGUGACGGUGGGGAUGGAGACGGUUUCAGUUGUGAGGAAAGGACCCGACACUACAGCACAGAAAGAUCGUGACAAGAGGCUUGUUCUUGCUGCUCACCAGGGAAACCAGAAUUUAGUCCAAACUCUACUCGGUCUUCAUGCUGAUGUACACUUCCAGGCUAAGGAUCAGGUGACUGCUUUGAUGAAGGCGUGUUUCAAUGGAAACGUUGAGAUUGUGGAUUUGCUUAUCAACUAUGGCAGCAAUGUGAACACAUGCACAGAAGAGGAGAUGGUCCAACCAUUACACAUCACAGUUUCUCGAGGACACCCAAAGAUUGCUGAACUUCUCCUCAAUUGUGGAGCCGACAUCAAUGCAGUAGGAUGGGGAGGUGUGACUCCUCUACACAUAGCUGCAGCUGAAGGUCCAUUAUCGAUGGUCAAAUUACUGAGUCAGUGGAAGGGUGACAAGGUGGACGUGUGUGCUCUCGACGAGGAUGGGAAUCAGCCAUUGCAUUACUCUGCAUUGGAGGGACAUUCUGAUAUCGUCGAGUUUCUGUUAGAACGCGGUGCACCAGUCAAUUGCAGAGCAAAGAACAACCAGGCGCCGUUGCACUGGGCAGCGGGAAACAAUCGUCAGGAUGUCGUCGACAUCCUCUGUGACACCGGCGCCGAUCCAAAUUGCAGAGACAAUUGUAAGUGUACACCGUUGCACUGGGCUACUGAUGCAGGGAAUGACACGAUGGCUGCGAAGUUGCUCUCUCGAGGCUCCGACGUGAAUGCACAAAAUGAUUCCCAACAAAUUGCUCUUCACUGGGCUGGUAAAGAUGGUCACGUGACCCUUUCUCGUGUUUUAUUGGAUAACGGGAGUAAAGUCAACCUUAGAGAUCAUAAUGGAUUAACUCCAUUUCAGUUGUGUGUGAGUGAGGGACAUGCGGCAGUGGCGAAGAUGAUGAUUGCUUAUGGUGCAGAAAUCAAUGAGCAAAAUGAACAUGGCUGCACUGUUCUCCAUCUGGCGGCAUUAAAUGGUUACCUCAAGAUCGCUAAUCUUCUCAUCUCCCAAGGAUGCAAGGUUGACAAGAGAACAAACGAUUUCUACACUCCACUGCACUUUGCUUCAAUGGCUGGACACGUUAAGAUUGCUGCUCUUCUGUUGACUCACGGUGCUGAAGUGAAUGCAAUUGAUGAUGAGGGCUGGAAUCCACUGCACGUUGCUUCAUUCAAGAAUCACCCGGCGGUUAUAGAAGUGUUACUUCAGUACAAGGCUGAUAUCUAUGCAGAGGAUAAGCGAGGAAGGACGGCGUUUCAUCUCGCUCACUUGAAGAACAACCAAGAAGUCGUCGAUCUGUUUGAGCGCAAAGGCAUCGCUGUCUCUGUUCUCUAAGCCAAACAGCACACGUAACACAGCCACAUAAAAGUGAACAUGUAUGCGAAUCAAUAGGUUUAUCGAAAUUGUAAUGUCACGUGACUAUGACUCAUCACUAAUCACAUGAUGAUAUUUAUGGAUACAUGCACUAUGUUAUGCAGACUA